GUCUCACCUCUCGCGGGAAUAAACACGUUGCCAUAACAACAUUUUUUUACACUCUUGAAAAAAUAAUAUUUAUUUACACUCUUAGAAAUUAAAAAUCCUCUAGUCAUGCACCUGCUGCUCCUCCUCCUGGUAACCAUGACAACCAUGACGUCCACCUCGCGAGUCCUGGAACUCAGCGACCGUUUCCUUGACAUCCGGAAGGAUGGGAUUUGGUUGAUCAAGUUCUACGCCCCCUGGUGCGGCCACUGCAAAAAACUCGAGCCAAUCUACGCCCACGUCGCCCAAGCGCUGUCCUCCACCCCGGUUCGCGUGGCCCGAGUCGACUGCACCCGAUUCCCUUCCGUAGCAAAAGAAUUCAAAGUCGAUGGGUAUCCAACGGUCAUGUUCGUCAAACCCACCACGACCCACACCUACACCGGGGACAGGACGGCCUCCGAAAUGAUCUCAUACGCCAAGAGGAUGAUGGGCCCCGCGGUGAGGGAGUGGCAAGGGGAGGAGCUUGACGAAACCUCAUUGGUCUAUCAAGGAGAAAGGCGGGGCCAAUGGUGGGAGGCCUUUGAAAGAGUGGCCAAUCAAAAUCAACAUUCCGUCACGUUUUUUGUUAGGGAUGCGGGGAUUGGUGGUGGUGGGAUGGAGAUAACGCUUCACCACACCCCCUCGGAGGACACGCCCCCUUUGAAAUUCCAUCAAGACUCCUCCUCCUCCGAAGAUUUAACAGUAUCACUUCUAAAUUUCCUCACCCGAAACAAGUUCCCAAAGUUCUUAAAAGCCACCCGGAACAACUUCCAGGAACUCCUCGCUACGAAAAAACUCAUCGUGAUGGGCGUGGUGGAAGAGGACAAAUUAGGAAACUUAAACCAUGAACAGGCCGAGUUUUUGAGGUUUUUCGAACAGUUCGUCAAGAGCGAAGAGGGUGAUUUUGAGAGCCACCAAUUCUGCUACACCCCGACCCCCUCCAUCGCCAACUCCAUCGCCAUGACGACGCUCCCCCUCCCCUCCAUCCUCGUAAUCAACUCCACGACCUACACCCAUUUCAUCUUAUCCAGCGAGAUAAACUCCUCCUCCCUCCACGCCUUCCUCGAACAGAUCCACCAAUCAGAGUUGACUCCGCUGGGAGGCUCCUCCCUCUGGACCCGCCUCUAUCGGAGCUAUUACGAGCUGACUACUAAUUUAGGGUUGAUGUUCAGUGGGAAUCCCGUCUUGACGACGAUUCUGUUUGGGUUGCCCUUUGGGUUUUUGAGCUUGAUUUGUUACUCUGUUUUUUGUGGGGGCUCAGUGGAGGAGGAGGGGGAUGGGGAGGAGGAUCAUGAAAAGGAGGAUUAGAGGAGGUGGAAGGUGUAGUUUAAGGUGGUGUUGUUGUCCCAGUAGGUUUGGGUUGGGGUGGUGUAGCGCAGGGCGAAGGUGAAGGUGGUCCAUGGGGAGGGGUGAGUGGUGGGGUGGGGGAGGGGGAGGCAAAAGGAGAAGGUGUCGAUCAAAGGGGUGUGCUCGUGGGGGGCGUAGGUGCACUGUUAAGUUAUUAAGUGGUUAUUUUAUAUUGAUUGUUAAUUAAGAGAGUCAAUUACCUGUAACUCCCCAAAAUCCAGCCACUGAUUGUAAGAGUAUCUGAGAUAAACGGCUUUCUCAAAUGAUAAA